AUGCGGGUGGCAGUCACGAUCCGGUACGCGGUGCUGCUCCUCACGCUGCUGGCCACAUGGCUCGUCAUGCAGACGUACUUCGAUCACAGGUGGAAAACCAUCAGCCUGCGGAGCUGGCUCGGUGCCACCAAGCAGCCCAAACGUGAGCAGCUGCUCCGGCACAAGUGUGGGAACCAGAAGAGCUGCCCACUGAACUAUUUCGCCUUCAAGAUCAUCAGCGGCGCUGCAAACGUGGUGGGACCCUCCAUCUGCUUCGACGACGUGAUCCUCAUGAGCAGCGUGAAAAACAACAUUGGCCGAGGCCUGAACAUCGCACUGGUGAAUGGAUCAAGUGGGCAGCUCCUGAAAAUGAACACAUUCGACAUGUACUCUGGAGACAUUAGUAAACUGGAAACCUUCCUCCAAGAGAUCCAGCACGGCACCAUCGUGCUGACAGCCAGCUACGAUGAUGCUGCCACAAGGAUGAAUGACAAAGUACGAGCACAUUUUGUGGAGCUGGGCAGCAGCUACGUGAAAGAGCUGGGCUUCCGGGACAACUGGGUCUUCUUAGGAGCAAAGGGGAUGAAGAACAAGAGCCCCUUUGAAGAGCACAUCAAAAAUGAUAAGGAGACAAAUAAAUACGACGGCUGGCCAGAGCUGCUGGAGAUGGAGGGCUGUGCCCCCAGGAAAAUGGAUUAG